AUGUCUAUUUCAGACAUCUCCUGCAUGUCAGCAACUGGCCAUGCCUUAGAGAGCUGUGUGGCUGUUCCUUACUUGGCCUGUGUGAAGAGACAGCAUUACCCAUCUCCAACAAGCCCACGAGAUCCCGCCGAGAUCAAACUCCCUGUGGCGCACAGAGGGAAAACAGAAAACCGUCUCCUCAGUGUGGCCAUGUUCUCCCUCAGCCAAGCAGACCAUGGCUUCAUGGCUGUCUGGAGGAUGGUGCAUGAAGAGAUGUCGUUUGGAUCAUUUCCAUUGGCUGAGCUGAUGGACCUCAACACUUGGGGGCACACAGCAAAUGGGACAGGUGUGGAAGAAUUCAUCCUUCUUGGCUUUCCAGGCGCGUGGCAUUCCCAGGUCUCCCUUGGCAUAGUAUUUGCACUGACGUACUCCCUGACACUAAUAGGCAAUGCAUCGUUCAUAGUCCUCGUGUGGAUGAACAGCAGCCUCCAUACCCCAAUGUACUUUUUCCUCUGUAAUCUCUCCUUUCUGGAGAUCCGGUACACGGUGGGCAUUGUUCCCAAAGCCAUAGGAGUCAUGCUGGGGACUAGCCAGACCAUCUCCUUCAGUGUCUGCAUCCUCCAGUUGUUCUUUCUUCUCCCCCUAGGCUCCACUGAGUGUUUUCUCCUGUCUGUCAUGGCCUAUGACCGCUCCUCAGCCAUAUGCUACCCCUUGAGAUACAGCUCCCUCAUGAACAGCGUCCUGUCCUCUCAGCUGGUGCUCAGCUCCUGGCUGGGAGGCUUUCUGGCCAUCUCACUGCUGGCCUUUCUGACAUCCAGGCUGACGUUCUGUGGGCCAGAUGUCAUCAAUCAUUUCCUCUGCAAUAUAGAUUCCUGCCUUGCCCUCUCCUGCAGUGACACGUGGCCUGUGGAGCUAGUGACCUUCCUUGUCUCCAUAAUUGUUGUGGUGGCCUCCUGUGUGGUCACCCUCAUCUCCUAUGUGUACAUCACCUCUUCCAUGCUGAGACUCCAGUCAGCCCAUGGCCAGAAAAAGGACUUUUCCAUUUGCUCUGCCCAUCUCAGUGUCGUCACGAUCUGGUAUGACUCCACCGUGUUCCUGUAUGUCAAGCCGUCAGCCGAGAACUCCCUGGAUCUGAACAAACACGUGAUUACCUCUCACACAGUUGUAACUCCUUUGCUGAACCCCUUCAUUUACACACUCAGGAACAAGGAAGUGAAGCAAGCUCUGGGGUGGGCUUUCCAGAAAAAGUGA